AUGGGGUCGAAAUUCGAGGUUACAAGUCCUCAGGGAGCGUCAGUAGCUCCUCUCUACCCGCAAGCCGUCCUUCUCCCCGUUCUCGGCUUCCCAGCAUGGCUACUCUGUGUACUGCCUAUGAUCUGGCACUUUUCGCAGCGCAACAUUGCGGCCGGCUCACUCAUCCUCUGGAUUGUCAUGAACAACUUCUUCAACUCGAUCAAUCCCCUCAUCUGGCCGCGCGACAACCUCAUAGACUGGUGGGACGGCAAUGUGUGGUGUGAUAUCAAUGUCCGCAUACAGAUCGGAGGCAUAGUGGGUCUUGCAGCCUCUACCGCUAUGAUCGUACGGAAACUGGCCAAAGUCAUGGACACGCGAAAUAUGACUGUAUCUUCCAGCCGGAACAGCAAGAUCAAGGAGUGGGUACUGGACGUUCUAUGGUGCUGGGUAUACCCCAUGGUAUUGAUCAUGGUGUACUAUGUUGUGCAGCCCGUUCGCUACCUCCUGUAUGGAAUUGUUGGUUGCAUUUCUGCGUUUCAUACAAGUUGGCCCAGCAUGGUCCUGGGUUUCAUGUGGGGACCUAUCACUAUGUUGGUGGCUGCAUACUACGCAGUACUCCUCAUCUACCGACUAUAUCGUUACCGCCGAGAGUUCCACCGCCUUAUCGCUGCACGCAAUACAACGAGAUCCCGUUUCAUCCGCCUCUUCAUCAUCUGCAUGUUUGUCAUCCUCGUCUACCUCCCGUACACCUUCUGGGUGCUCGGCAAUCUUUUUGGGGCGAUCCAGGACCCAUACGAUUGGAAUCACGUCCACGGGCCCCAAUUCAACACUGUCAUGAAGGUCCCUGUCUUCGGCCAAGUUUCCAUCGAGAAAUGGGUCCAAGUCGCGACAGGCUAUGUGAUCUUCUUCGUCUUCGGUACCGGUACAGACUCACACAACUUGUACAAGAAGAUGCUAUUAAGGCUUGGAUGUGGCAGGAUUUUCACAAGCUUGCAUGUCAUGCGCGAGAGCGGGAACUCGACGCCUUCUGGCUUCAUCACUGCAAGGACCUGGGGAUCGAAUUUGUCGAGUAGGGCGAAAGGCAUGUUCUGGUCUAACAGCGGCACGAAGAUUGUAUCUGCUACGGAUACUUUGGACGACAGCACAUGUAGCAAUUCCGUGAUGCUAAACUCCAUAUCACACCUACACAACAUCACUACAGAGGACACGCUCUUGAAGCAAAAGCAGGAGGGUACUCAGCACGGCUCGUCAUUGCUGGAACCUUCGUUCCUAAAGCGCGUCUUUCGUUGCCAGGGCCAUCGCCAUCCAGUCCUUCCGCUUUUCUCCCGUCGCUCCAUCACCGAACUUACCGAAACAGAUAAAUCGGCCACUGGAUCCGUCUCUCCUGGUGUACACGCUUUUGCUUGGGCAUCCGAAGCUCCCGUGUCCAACCAAGUCAGGGAUCAAGAUGUUGUGCACGUGGUUCGGGAGAUCCACCAGGACCGCCGCGAGCGACAUGAAGUUGAGAACGAGAGGAAGUCUACGGAUGCUUGGGCUUGA